GCGCAGGACGACCUCAUUCUGUGGUGUGACGGAGAAACAGAACCGAUACAGAAGUGCUGAAGUCUAGUGUUUGGGUCAAACUCAAACGGAUAAUCCAUUUCCAUCAGGAGGGAACAUGGAAAUAGGCCGGAAAUACCUCUGGCUAGGCGGACUGCUCCAGCUGGUGGUAUUGCUGUCGAGCUAUCAGCAGUCGGCGCUGGCUAGUCCGGAUGGGAUCAACUUCUACAAAGACUGGAUUCGAAACAAGAACGAAGACGAGGAUUAUGCAGCCAUGUUGAGUGAAGAGGAGUUAAGUGAACCAAAAUUGUUCUUCUACCGAACUCCUGUAUCGCCAUUAAUCGAUUAUAAUCUCCACUACUCAUUUGAUAAGCGCACCUUUAACAAGUACAAAAACAUGAUGAUAAACAAAGAUGCCCCCGAAGUGCUGCUGACGGAAGAUCGUGAAGAACCCAGCAAAGCAAUGUCACGUUUUUCCUUCCCACGAAUAACACCGAAGCGAAGUCCAGGAGCGAUCCUAAGUUGGGCAAUUCCAGCGGCCAAUAGGGUGCGAGUCAUCCCCAACAGUUACCGACCGCCGGCAAUCAACCGACCAGCAGCCUAAGUUGAUCUCUCCAGCGUUCGUGAGUCCUACACACAAUCCCAACGGUUUGGAUAUGGCCACCUACACCACCACCAUAACAGUGAAUGAUCCUCACAAGCGCAACUUGUAAAUUGGAAACCCUUCCAAGUGUUAUCACCGUAGCUUGCCGCGUUCUGUCGCUUCAUCUUUGUCUAUUGUAAAGGGGCCUCUUCAAAACCAAGAAUGAUGCCCAAAGAGGACACCCAAGCAACACAACAUCAAUAUGGAUUU